CGCUGGCUUAUACAUCCCCGGUUCCAUCAGUGGCGCCCCCCGACGUCACCACCAACCGGAAAGCAAGCACUCCCGAUGCUUCGUUUGGUGGCUUCAACAUUCUGUAAGGACCGACGCUGGAGAUGAGAAGCAGAUACGGGGAGUUGAACGUUUAUUCGGAACAGACAGGAUGGCUGUUAUUGAUGCCGUGCUGGAUCGUCUGCUAGAUGGACUCCUGGGUCUGGGUCGUCUCCUGUCUCCUCUCUGCUCCCCCUUUGUUCUCCUCCAGCUCUCUGCUCUGGUUGUCCUCCUCCUCCUGUCCCUCCGUGUCGUCUGUCUGCUGUGGAGCCAUGCUCAGUUCACCAGACGUCUCCGGUGCUUCAGUAAACCCCCCACACAAAACUGGCUGAUGGGACACCUGGGAGAGAUGCGGAGCACGGAGGAGGGCCUGCAGGCGGUGGAUCAGUUGGUAAGAACCUACAGCCACUCCUGCUCCUGGUUUCUGGGCCCCUUCUACUCCCUGGUACGACUCUUCCACCCUGACUACAUCAAGCCUCUGCUGCUGGCACCAGCUUCCAUCACAGUCAAAGAUGAGCUUUUCUAUGGGUUCCUGAGACCAUGGCUGGGACAGAGUCUUCUCCUGAGUAACGGAGACGACUGGUUUCGUCGUAGACGUCUACUCACUCCUGCAUUCCACUUCGACAUCCUCAAGAACUAUGUGAAGAUCUUCAACCACUCCUCAGACAUCAUGCAUUCUAAGUGGCGCCGCCUGGUGGCCGAGGGAGAGAGCCGCCAGGACAUGUUCAAUCACAUCAGCCUGAUGACUCUGGACAGUCUGCUCAGAUGUACCUUCAGCUACAACAGCAACUGCCAGGAGAGUUCCAGUGAGUACAUAGCAGCCAUAUUUGAGCUGAGUACCCUGGUGAUCGAGCGGAGAGGACGUAUCCUGCACCACUGGGACUGUCUGUACUGGAGGUCCCCAGAGGGACAGCGCUUCAAACAGGCCUGUAGUGUAGUACACGGGUUCACCAGGACUGUUGUCCAGGAGCGCAGAGCACAGCUUCUCCACCGGGGGGAGCCAGAGGGCCCUGACACCACAGGAGGGGAGGAGAAGAAGAAGAAAAGAGUAGCAGACUUCAUUGAUUUGUUACUGCUGUCAAAGGAUGAGGAUGGUCAUGGUCUCACAGAUGAGGAGAUAAAAGCAGAGGCAGACACUUUCAUGUUUGGAGGUCAUGACACCACGGCCAGCGGGAUCAGCUGGGUUCUGUAUAACCUGUCUCAGCAUCAGGACUACCAGGACCGCUGUAGAGCCGAGGUCAACGACCUGCUACAAGACCGAAAGACAGAGGACUUAGACUGGGAGGACCUGAGCAGCCUCCCCUUCACCACCAUGUGUAUUAAAGAGUCUCUGAGACUGCACUCCCCCGUGUCUGCUGUCACCAGACGAUACACGAAGGACAUGACGGUGCCAGGGGGACGGGUCAUACCACAGGGUAGCAUCUGUCUGGUGAGCAUCUAUGGGAACCAUCACAACCCUGAGAUCUGGCCUGACCCAGACGUCUACAACCCCAUGCGCUUCGACCCUGAGAACUCAAAGGACCGUUCAUCCCAUGCCUUCAUACCUUUCUCUUCAGGACCUAGGAACUGUAUAGGUCAGAAGUUUGCCAUGGCGGAGCUGCGUGUGGUGGUGGCGCUGACCUUGAGGAGGUUCCGUUUGACCCCUGGGGGGGUGGAGGUGAGGAGGCUACCCCAGCUGGUGCUCAGGGCCGAGGGGGGGCUGUGGCUGACGCUGGAGACCCUAGACGCCCCCCAGGACUAACCCCUGAACUCCUCUCUCCUCUAUGGAUCAGACAUAGAGAAAACUGGUUUUAUGAUUUUACUGUAUAAACAUACGCUGAGUAUACGAAACGUUAAGAACACCUUAACACAGUAAAAUACAUAGGCCUAAAGCCUACAAAUAAAUAAUAGAAUACAUAGUCCUAAAGCCUACAAAUAAACAAUAGAAUACAUAGUCCUAAAGCCUACAAAUAAACAAUAGAAUACAUAGUCCUAAAGCCUACAAAUAAACAAUAGAAUACAUAGUCCUAAAGCCUACAAAUAAACAAUAGAAUACAUAGUCCUAAAGCCUACAAAUAAACAAUAGAAUACAUAGGCCUAAAGCCGACAAAUAAACAAUAGAAUACAUAGGCCUAAAGCCUACAAAUAAAUAAUAGAAUACAUAGUCCUAAAGCCUACAAAUAAACAAUAGAAUACAUAGGCCUAAAGCCGACAAAUAAACAAUAGAAUACAUAGGCCUAAAGCCGACAAAUAAACAAUAGAAUACAUAGGCCUAAAGCCGACAAAUAAACAAUAGAAUACAUAGGCCUAAAGCCUACAAAUAAACAAUAGAAUACAUAGGCCUAAAGCCUACAAAUAAACAAUAGAUUACAUAGGCCUAAAGCCGACAAAAAUAAAUAAUAGAAUACAUAGUCCUAAAGCCUACAAAUAAACAAUAGAUUACAUAGGCCUAAAGCCUACAAAUAAACAAUAGAAUACAUAGGCCUAAAGCCGACAAAUACAAACAGCAAAAUAUCCUGAUGAAAAUGCAGGUUCUCAUGAAUGCUCUACUCAGCCUCCCUUUCCAUCUGUCUUGACUUGAGCUAUGACUCAACGUUAUCAGGACAGAGAACCCACAUACAUACUCAUUGCUCUCUCAGAUGGAUAUAAAAUAAACCCGUACUUGUUGUUUCUCACAAGUGUAUCAGGUUGUGAACUAUGCAAACAACGUUUUUCCACUCCGGGAAGGAGAACGGUAAAUGACUGUAAUACAUGCAUUAACAGAAAUGUAACCAAAUGACGGGAUGAACGGCACAUCUACUAUGCCUACUGGUUACAUAUAUGAUGGAGAAUUGAACAAAACAAACAAUCGAAGAGCAAACAAUUCACAACAAUGAAUGUGCAAUAAUUGUCAAGAGACCGCAGGGGGAACAUUCUGGAGAGAGACGCCCAUAUAUUCGCCACACAUCUCUCCCCUACUUCUUGUUGCAACAUUUUUAAAUUAGUCUCGAGACACAUUAUCUUCACACAUUUGAGAUGUUUUUCACUGACAGCCACAACUCAAUAAUCAGCGAGGUCUAUUGCCAUGCGCACUGCCCAAAUUGCUGGUUUCCCAAAUAGGAAUAGGCAAACAAUCCAUAGCAAUCCAUAGAGACAGAGGGAUGCUUUUUCGCUCGCUCGAAUGCUUUAUCUGAGAUUGAUGCGUAUUUCUGUCUGCGCGCGUCUUGGUCAAAUAAAUGAUCAAUAUUUUCUAUAUUUUAUUUGGACGGGCAAGGAGGUAGGUAGGGCGGGCCAGCACCCCUAGGUCCCGCACAUAACACAUAACGUUUCAGACGCAUCGGUUUGUGUCAAGAAGUGCAACGCUGCUAGGUUUUUCAUGCUCAACCGUUUCCCGUGUGUAUCAAGAAUGGUCCACCACCUAAAGGACAUCCAGCCAACUUGAGAAAAACUGGGGGAAGUACAGGGUGGUACUGGAGGUAGCCUAGCACUUAAGAACGUUGGGUCAGUAACUGAAAGGUCACUGGUUUGAAUCCCCUAGCAGACUAGGGGGG